AUGGGGGAGUUUGGGGUCCCUGUGACACCCCCACGGCACCAGGAGCGGGAAGGGGCUGGGGGACGCCCCAGAGUGUCCCCAUCAGUCCUUGGGGUGUGCCUGGCGCAGCUGCAGCUCCCUGAGCAGCUCCUGGUUCCUCCCUGUGCCAGCGGGGGCUUCCCGAGCGGCCUCACCGGGGUCGUUCAUGCAGAUCUGCUCCCCCCCGGUCCGGGGGGUCCCGGUUCCCAGGGGUCCCAAACCCGCGAGGUCCCCCGUCCCUUCUCUGGGGGGUGCCGGUUCCUGGAGCCCCCGCCCUGUGGGGACCCCGGCCCCUCGGUCCCACCCUUGGGUGGUCCCGGGAUUCCCGGGGACAAGGAACGGGGAACCGGCACCGGAAACCGGGAAACGGCACUGGGAACAGGGAACCGGCACCGGGAACCGGGAAACGGCACCGGGGACAGGGAACUGGCACCGGGAACCGGGAACCGGCACUGGGAACAGGGAAACGGCACCGGGAACAGGGAACCGGCACCGGGAACCGGGAACCGGCACUGGGAACAGGGAACCGGCACCGGGAACUGGGAAACGGCACCGGAAACCGGGAACCGGCACCGGGAACCGGGAAACGGCAGCGGGAACAAGGAACCGGUACCGGGAGCCGACACUGGCACCGGCGGGGAACAAGGAACCGACCCGGGCGGCGGAGGGGGCGCGGGGAGUCCCGGGUGGGACCGUGCCCGGGUGUGCCGGGAGCGGUCCCGGGAACCGGCCCUGGGUACCCGAGAGUCGCUCUUUGCGCUCGGACCAGGGGAGUCCCAGGUGUCGGUCCCGGGGGUGCCGGUGUCGGUUCCGGGGGUGCCGGUGUCGGUGCCGGGGGUGGCGGUGUCGGUUCCGGGGGUGCCGGUGUCGCGGGCACGCGCACACCGGGCACGCAGCGGGCACGCGGUACCGGACACGCACCGGGAGCGCACCGGGAACCGGACACGCGCGCACGGACGCGCGCCCCGGCCGGGGACACGCACCGGUCACCGCCCCCCCCGCACACACCCGGGGCACGCGCGUGCACCUGCCCGAGCCCCCGGGACCGCGCUGGGGACAUCCCGCGACAUCCCGGGACACCCCUGGGGCAGGAGCGGGGCGGGGGCGGAGCGGGGACACCCCCCCCCACCGGGGACCUGUCGUGUGUCACCCCCGGCCUCCCCCGCCGCCCUCUGGGCUCACACCGGGCUCUGGGGACCUGCUGGGCCAGGGAAGGCUCACCCCGUGUCCCCCGACCAAGUCCCCGUGUCCCCCCAGCCGUGUCCCCACGUCCCUCAGCCCGUUCCUGUAUCCGCCAGCCGUGUCCCCGUGCCCGCUGUCCUUUCCUGUCACGCUCUCGUGUCCUCAUCCCCAUCUCCGCACGUCAGUGUCCCCCAGUCCCCCUGUCCUUGUGUCCAUCCCCUCCAUGUCCUUGUGUCCCCUCCGUGCUUGUGUCCCCCCGUCCCCGUGUCCCCGUCCGCAGGCACAAACCAUGGGGGGACACCCAGGGGUGCUGCCACACGCUGUCCCCCCCCGGCAGCGCUGGCGGCCGCCUCCCCCGGCGGGGACGAGUGUCUGGAGGAGGAUGAGGAUGAGCUGGAGCCGGGGCUGGACGAGGCCGAGGCCGAGCCGGAGGUCGGGAGCGGCGCGAAGGCGGCGGGGGGAGCCCGGGGGGCCGUUCUGACCCGCAGGGGCAUCACCCUGAGGGUUCUGCUCCGAGACGGGCUCCUGGAGCCGGGCAGGGGCGUCCUGUCCAUCUAUUACCUGGGCAAGAAGUUCGUGGGGGACCUGGGCUCGGACGGGACCAUCACUUGGCAGGAGACGGGGCAGGUUUUCAACUCCCCGAGCGCCUGGGCCACGCACUGCAAGCGCCUGGUGAACCCCGCCAAGAAGUCGGGCUGCGGCUGGGCGUCCGUGCGCUACAAGGGCCAGAAGCUGGACCAGUACAAGGCUGCGUGGCUGCGCAAGCACCAGCCCAACGUGCCACCCCCCGAGGAGAGCUUGGCCAGCGAGGGCGAGGAGGAGGAGCUGCCCGAGGAUGAGGAGGAGGAGGUGAGGGAGGGUCGGGUGCCGGUGCCGGAGCCGGCCGCUCCCAAAAAGCCGGAGGAGAGGAGCAGGAAGCAGCAGGGCAAGAGCCUGGCGGAGCCGGCGGGGACGGAUGCCGGCGCCGCGGGGAAAAGGCUGGAGGUGAAACCCCGGGUGCCCGUCCGCUACUGCAGCCUGGGCACCCGCGACUCGGCCAGGAACCCCCAGACCCUGGUGGAGGUGACGUCCUUUGCCGCCAUCAACAAAUUCCAGCCCUUCAACGUGGCCAUCUCCAGCAACGUCCUCCUGCUCCUGGAUUUCCACAGCCACCUGACGCGGAGCGAAGUGGUGGGGUACCUGGGGGGGCGCUGGGACACCAACACCCAGUUGCUGACGGUGCUCAGAGCCUUCCCGUGCCGGACCCGCCUGGGUGACGCCGAAGCCGCGGGCGCUGUGGAGGAGGAGAUCUGCCAGAGCCUGUUCCUGCGGGGGCUGUCGCUGGUGGGGUGGUACCACAGCCACCCCUUCGGGCCCGCGCUGCCGUCCCUGCACGACAUCGAUGCGCAGAUGGAUUAUCAGCUCAAACUGCAGGGCAGCGGCAACGGCUUCCAGCCCUGCCUGGGGCUCAUCUGCGGGCCCUUCUACCACGGCAACCCCGGCGUGGAGUCCAAAAUAGCGCCCUUCUGGGUGAUGCCGCCGCCAGAGCAACGGCCCAAUGACUACGGGAUCCCCAUGGAUGUGGAGGUCACCUACAUCCAGGAUGGAUUCCUCACCAACGACGUCGUGCAGGAGAUGACGCUGCUGGUGGAGUUCUAUAAGGGGGCCCCCGACCUGGUGAAGUUCCAGGAGCUGUGGAGCCAGGAUCAGACCUACCUGGACAAGCUGAAGGGCUCCCUGGCCUCCCGCACCCCCAAAGACCAGAGCUUCACCCACGUCCUGGAGCAGAUCUUCAGCCUGCUCAAGAUCAGCGGGUGAGGGCCCGGGGCCCCUCGGUCGGACCAGGUGCCUCCCGCAGCCCGGGCGGGGCUCAGCCAGAGCCGGUGCGGGGCAGCCCCGCAGCUCCCGGGGCUCCGGAGGCUCCCGCAGCUCCCGGGGCUCCCGCAGCU